GAAAACCAUUUGCAAAAUCACUGCCUUCACAAUUCUCUUUCAGCUGGACAAGAUGGCAGCAAUGGCGUGCACCUUGCAUACGGCUCAUGCCUUGAGCUGUUUUAGCUCCACCCUCAACAAUGCUGGGGGCAUCAACGAGGCUUCACGAGCUUCUCCAGCGGAGAGCUGGCUGCGCGCUGCUGCAUUGCCUGGUACAUCAUCGAUUGGGCAAAAUACUUUCUGCUCAGGAGGUCCACCUGUAAGCCAGUUAUUCGAUGCUAGGCCAAGGCAGAUUCUCCGGAUCCAUCGCCCCCUUGUGCUGGCGUCGGCUGACAGCUUCACAGACGAGUACAGUAGGGGAAGAACAGAACAGAAGGUGAAGAUCGCUCUCGGCCCCUACAAAGAUGGAGCGAUCAAGGUUUCUGCCAAAAAGUUUGAGGUCUCCAACGACGAGAUUGAGAAGGCUCUCAAGGCGAAGCUUGGAAAGACCUACGACUUUGAGCGCAUCAACUUCACAGGUUCUGGAGCCAAAAUCGGGCACAUGGUCAAGGUCAGCUUUGAGGGCAAGUAUUCCGACGGGCCAAACGCAGGGCAACUCAUCCGGGGCACCAAGGCGGACUUCUUCGAGCUGGAGCUUCAGCCAAGAGAGGACGACCCUUGGAAGACCUUCGUGGAGCAGAUUGUGAAGAACGGGAUGGGCCAGGAGGAGAGCAAAAGUUUCACGUUGACAUUCCCUGCGGACUACAAGGCUGUGCCGCUCAGGAACGUCGCCGCCCGGUUUACUGUAACCGUGCACGAGAUUGGCAUCAAGAAAAUGCUGGAGAAAGACCCUCGGCCAGAGGCGGCGAUCAGGGCGGACAUCGAGGCGGACCUUCGGGCGACCGCGGAGCGGAAGACGAAUGAUUUGAUCGACCAAGAGGUUCGGAGAGUGUUGCUGGAAACGAGCGAAGCAGAUGUAGACAAGGUGGCUGCUAGCGUGUCAUGGGCCAAGUUCGGGGAGAAGUCGCUUCAAGACUUUAAGUGGAAUCUUCUACUAGAAGAGGUUGCUCGCAAUGAGAAAAUCGAGUUUGAAGAGGCGAAAGCCUUCUUGCGACGACAAGCUACGGUAAACUUCACACCAUAGGCGGAUGAAGACCCAACCACCGAUGCAGAGUGUUACCCUUUUGUGUACCGGCAGUAACGAGAGCAGUCAAGUCAAUUAAGUCAAUAAAGGAUGAUGGUAGGGUUUCUUGUUGCCAUCUCUUCCACUAGCCUAAGCAAUGGCUGGUUUGUUUGUUGAACUUGCAUUUUGUCCGCCACUUCUUUUGGUCAAGAGGUCGAGGGCUGUCCAUGCUUGUUCUGCUUUCGUAUGAGAUUGAAAAUGUUAUGUGUGGGAGUCUUGG